AUGCUCCUGAACGGCACUGUCCCUCUGUCGGUUAAUUUCGUCACUCCGGGCGACUUUCUCAUCUUCAUCUUUCACAUCGCGUUCGCCACCAGCGCGGUGCCGGUGGCCGGCUCGGUAGUGGCGGGAAUCUCCUUCAGCCGCUGCCUGCGCGGCCAGAACCGCUUUAUCUUCAUGCUGAACACCAGCAUCAGCGACACCCUCACCGGCUUCUCGGUGUACUACCUGGGCCUCUUCGACGUCCAGGAGGGCUACCCAUCCCGGAACGGGACUUUCUACAUCCUGCCGUCCUUCCUGGGCGUCAACGUGCUGACCUUCCUCUUCGCCCAGUUCGACCGCUACCUGGCGGUGUGUCACCCCUUCUUCUACAACCGCUACGUCAGCAGGUCGCUGGUUAUCGGCGUGUGCGCCUUCUGCUGGAUCUACACCUACUCCAUCCUCACCGUCCAGAACAUGGUUCCCAUCUCCAAGGCGGCCCAGAUCAACGCCUUCGGCGUGAUGACGCUGCAGAUCAUCGUGCUCAUCAAGGUGCUGAUGACCGUCAAGCUGUACGUCAUCGCCAGGCACCACCUGGCCAGAGAGCCGCCCAGCGCCGAGAGGGACAACAAGAAGGAGUCGCUGCGAAUCAUCGUCUUCGUGGUCAUCUGCUUCCUGGCCCUCUGGUGCCCCUCCUUCGUCAACAUCAUCGUCAGGCAGCUCAGCAGGACUCACGGACUCCGGUUCAGGAACGAGGCCACCAACCUGUUCGCCAUCUUGGCGCGCCUCAACGCCCUCGUCACCCCGGCCUUGUACAUCUGGGGGAGUCCCGCUCUUCGUGGGGCCGUGUGGAGGGUCGUGUGGCGCCGAGUGUGCCCCAGACGGAGGGCCAGGUAACAGCCACACGACUGUGGGUAGAGCAGGGGCCACCAAGCUUUUUCAAACCAAUACCUACUCCUUGGGUACUGAUUAAUGCGAAGGGCUACCAGUUUGAUACACACUUAAAUACAUUGCCAGAAAUAGCCAAUUUGCUCAAUUUACCUUUAACUCUAUGUUAUUAUUAAUAAUUAAUGUGGAAACACUGAUCAUCUUAACCAGUGGUCCCCAACCUUUUUGUAUCCGCAGACCGGUCAACUCUUAAUAGUUUGUCCCGCGGCCCGGGGGGGAAUCUUUUUUUUUCUUUUUGUUUUCUUUCUUCUUUGUCAUGAAAA